AAGAGGAGGCAGCCUCCCUCCAUAAACCCCACCCCCGCUCCCUGAGCUCGCAGAGCCCCAACCGACGCCGUCGGUCCGUCCGUCUGAGGAAGCCAAGCCGUUGUGCAAUCUGCACCCAAGUCCAGCCAGCCAGCCAGGCGAAGAGGAAGGGGCGGAGCCAUGGGCAACUCCGGCAGCACAGCUCCCGCACCACUAGGAAAGACCCAUGUUCCAGACUUAGAGUGGAAGGUUCAUGACUUCUCUGCGCUACUUGAGACGAAAGCUACCUCGGCGAUAUCCGCUCUUUUUCACUGCUCUGGGUACAAUUGGUGCUUGCUACUGACUCCAAAGCACAAACAAGAUGAUAAAGAAAAUCUAUAUGUUGCUCUUUCUCUUAUGAUAUCCAAGGGAGACUUGGAGCAAGGUCAAACGAUGCAUGCAGUGUUUGAGUUGUCAAUAUUCAACAAUUCAAAUGGAAUGUAUUGUGGAUACAAAGCUAGCUACAACUUCGCUUUCAACAAUGCCCAAUCGAAAAAGGAAUGCUUGAUUCCUCUUCAGGAGCUACUGAAAUCAUCUGCUUUUCUAGUUGAUGAUAGUUGUGUCUUUGGUGUGGAGAUAUUAAAAAUUGAUGUCUCUUCUCCUGAAAAGAAGGCCGUCGUGGUUCAAAAGAAGGCUACCACAGUUCAGAACCUCUUUGUGCAGAAGAAGGGAUUCAUCAAAGGGACUUACACUUGGACCAUAAACAAUUUCCUAGAAUUGGACUCUCAGAACUUUGUCCGUUCUCCUACAUUUGAAGUUGGCGGGCAUAAAUGGUACAUCGGCAUGUAUCCACAUGGUGAGAGGCGCAGUACUGAUUGCCUCGCCUUGGGAUUGUACCUGGAGUCCUUGGAUGAGCUCUUUAUCGAGUCCAGGAAGGUGGUUCAAAUUACGCUGUCCAUCCUAGACCAAAAGACUGGGAAAUACUUCACUAGAACUACAGAUCUUUUGGUGUGUACACAUCGAGAAGGGUGGGGAUGGUUCAACUUCUUGCCACUCAAGGAACUCCAGGGUAUGUCCAGAGGCUAUCUUAUAGAAUCGAAGUGCGUCCUCAAGGCAGAUUUCACUAUCUUCGGGUCGUCGAAUGAUGGCUAGAUCUUUACCUCGUGGCCUGAUGUAGAGUCAUCCUUUUUUUUGCGGGUAGAUGUAGAGUCAUCCUACUACUAGUUAGAGUUAUAUAUAUGAGAUGGUGUUGCUGAUUUGUUUGAUGUUCUUAUGGUAGUAUAAAGAUGAACUAGUAAGUUGAGAAAGGAUUUCUAGGU